UGACUUUUUAAUUCCCUUUCUUUUUUUUUUAUUCUGUCAUUUUUAAUUUGGUGGUCUGUAGUAGUGAGAGAAGGCAAAUAAUAUUAGGUGAUUAGGUAAUGGUGGUGUGGAAUCGAAGGAAAACUACUUGAAAAUUAGAAUGUUGUAGAGAUUAACUACUCAAUAAUUACCCAAGAAAGGGAACGAUUAAAAUAAUAAAAACCAAAACAGUAUCAGUCAAGUGCUUAUUUUUUGUGCAUUCCUUUUUUCAGAUCUCUAGAAAAAAAUUCUCAGACUUUCAGGGCAUUUUGGUGGUUUGGUUUGCUUUGUUUCUCGGGAUAAUUCUCUUCUUACUUUCUUUUUUUAUAUUCUUACUCUUUCUCUCUCUUUCUUUCUCUCUUCUAUCUACGAGCACUCAUUCUCUUAAUGCUUCAUCCAAAAAUUCUCUUUCUGAGCUGGGUAUCUUAACAAGGCGUCAUUUUUUUCUUGUGGGUCUUCUCCUUUAACUCCUUUCACUCGCAUUCGAUUUGUAUUUAGAAAGAAAGAGGUCCAUUGCUUGAAAAAGAUUGCUCAAAGGUACUUUCUGUGUCUGAAAAAGACAGGGGAAGUAGAAGAUAGAAAGAUAGGAGAGACAAAGGCAAAGUCUUUCAUUCACAUUUGAGGGGGGAGAGAGAGAUGAGUUUGUGGGUUUUCUGAGAACUUGUUUUUUCAGAUAGAAAAGUUGAUUUGCUUAAAGAGGGAAUAUUGCCAUGGAAGGUGUAAGAUUGGUGUUUUGGAGAUUAUGGUUACUGGUUUUGGUAUGGUUCCUUGAUGUUACUACUGCUACACUUUCUCCUACUGGUGUUAACUAUGAAGUGACGGCUUUGGUGGCUAUAAAGAGUGAAUUGAAUGAUCCGUACAAUGUACUUGAGAAUUGGGAUGUGAAUUCAGUUGAUCCUUGUAGCUGGAGAAUGGUCACUUGCACUGAUGGCUAUGUCUCUGCACUGGGACUUCCUAGCCAAAGCUUGUCGGGUACAUUGUCUCCUAGAAUCGGAAACCUCACCUAUCUACAAUCUGUAUUGUUGCAAAACAAUGCAAUCUCUGGUCCAAUUCCUGAUACGAUAGGGAAGUUGGAGAAGCUUCAGACACUUGAUCUUUCCAACAAUUCAUUCACCGGGGAGAUACCUGCCUCACUUGGACAACUCAACAACUUGAAUUACUUGCGGUUGAACAAUAACAGUCUUUCAGGAACUUGCCCCCAGUCUCUGUCCAAGAUCCAGGGACUUACUCUAGUCGAUAUUUCGUAUAACAAUCUUAGCGGUUCGCUUCCAAAAGUGUCUGCCAGAACUUUCAAGGUAAUCGGAAACGCAUUAAUCUGUGGCCCAAAAGCUGUUGCAAACAACUGUUCUGCUGUUCUCCCCGAGCCUCUCACCCUUCCACAAGAUCUUCCAUCAGGAACUCAUACCAAUAGCCAUCAUGUAGCCGUUGCAUUCGCAGCGAGCUUCAGCGCUGCAUUUUUUGUUAUCUUCACCAGUGGAAUGUUUCUCUGGUGGAGAUAUCGACGCAACAAGCAAAUAUUUUUCGACGUUAACGAACAAUAUGAUCUAGAGGUGAGCUUAGGACACUUGAAGAGGUACACAUUCAAGGAGCUCAGAUCCGCAACCAAUCAUUUCCACUCGAAGAACAUUCUCGGGCAAGGCGGAUACGGGAUUGUGUACAAAGGACACUUGAGCGACGGAUCUUUGGUGGCUGUAAAGCGUCUCAAAGACUGUAACAUCGCAGGCGGGGAAGUACAGUUUCAGACAGAAGUAGAGACUAUAAGUCUCGCUCUUCAUCGCAAUCUCCUCAGGCUUCGAGGUUUCUGUAGUAGCAACAAUGAGAGAAUCUUGGUCUACCCUUACAUGCCUAACGGAAGCGUCGCUUCACGGUUAAAAGAUCAUAUCCGAGGAGAACCAGCGUUAGACUGGUCGAGGAGGAAGAAGAUAGCGGUUGGUACGGCGAGGGGACUAGUGUACCUCCAUGAGCAGUGUGACCCGAAGAUUAUACACCGUGAUGUGAAAGCAGCUAACAUUCUAUUGGAUGAGGACUUUGAGGCGGUUGUUGGUGAUUUCGGGUUAGCCAAGCUUCUGGACCAUAGAGAGUCACAUGUCACGACCGCGGUCCGUGGAACCGUAGGCCACAUUGCACCUGAGUACUUGUCCACUGGUCAGUCCUCGGAGAAGACUGAUGUCUUUGGAUUUGGUAUACUGCUUCUUGAGCUCAUCACGGGUCAGAAAGCUCUCGACUUUGGUCGAUCCUCGCACCAGAAAGGGGUCAUGCUCGAUUGGGUGAAGAAGCUGCAUCAAGAAGGGAAACUAAAGCAGUUAAUAGACAAAGAUCUUAGCGACAAGUUCGAUAGAGUGGAGCUUGAAGAAAUAGUUCAAGUUGCUCUGCUUUGCACUCAGUUCAAUCCAUCUAACCGACCUAAAAUGUCGGAAGUUAUGAAAAUGCUUGAAGGUGAUGGUUUGGCUGAGAGAUGGGAAGCUUCGCAGAACGGUGGGGCGAAGUCGCUGCCUCCUCCGUUGCCGUCGGGGAUGGUGAGUUCAUCGCCGCGUGUAAGAUAUUACUCCGAUUACAUCCAGGAAUCGUCACUUGUCGUGGAAGCCAUUGAGCUCUCUGGUCCUCGAUGAACAAGACUAAUUAUCAUUCGCUUUUCUUUUCUUGGGUUUGUUUUUAUUUAUUUUUU